AUGCUAGGAGGCGUUGUUAAUCGCGUCACAAACCCAGACUCCUCUCUUCGCUCAGCCUCUGCUCAGCAUAACUAUAGCCUUGGUAGCUCCGAUAGCUCCAGAACAACGUCUACGCCGAUCUCGUCUACGAUUACGCCCUCUCUUUCGGCCCAUACCCACACCCCCUCCUACUCGUCCCCGCAUGAUGUACCAGCAUAUGUGCAACCACACCCUAAUCAGAUUAAUACCGAUCACUCCUCACCGUUUUCGAGCACCAGCUCCGACGCAAUGACGAGCUCUCACCGAAUGCCCUCCUCUCAAACCGCUGACGCGAAUUCUCCUUAUCGUCCCUCAGACCUACAACAAGGAAAUGUGCCGAUGGGCCAUUCAGCAGGCUUCCACAUUCCAUCCCCAUCGUCUCCACGUCUCCAACCCACGAUCUCAUCUACCAAGUCCCUGGGAAGCUCAGUGGCAACGUCACCGAGCCGUAUUAAAGUGCGUGAUCUUUCACAUAUACAAAGCUUCGCCAGCGAAGAAUUCCUAGCACAGUCUCAACGCGCGAGACAGCCCGGAAGGGAAACAACAGAUGUCCCUCGCCAAUACGAAAUCAGCUCGAUGCCGGUCACGGAUAUUAUUGAAAUGGUGGCCGGCUUGUUGACCAAGAUUACGGCCACCAAUGACCUGCAGCAUGAACAUAUCCAUCGACACAUUCCUCCACUAGAGGGUACAACGAACCUAAGCGCACAAGCCAGCAGCGUCCUGGCCUUCCACGGGAAGAACGUACCAUCAAUUACCAUUCUCAGCUAUCUCACUCGCAUUCACAAGUAUUGUCCAACCACAUACGAAGUGUUUCUAAGCUUACUAGUCUACUUUGACCGCAUGACGGAAAUGGUCAAUCGGCGGCCUAUCCAGCGCAGACGGAAUCGAAUAGACUCGGCUUCAGCAAUGUCGCUUGACGCACGCUCUCGCUCGCGGUCAGGGACAGCUCAGCAUUCUCACAUUACGGUUGUCACACCUCCGUCGUCGAGCGGAAUAGCAGCGCAGGAACCAAAGUCCCCAGAAUCAUCCAUCACAUCCUCCUUACAACUGGACGACGACGAUGAAGACCACUUUGCCAACUUUUUCAUCGUUGAUAGUUUUAAUAUCCACCGGCUAGUCAUCGCCGGAGUCACCUGUGCGAGUAAAUUCUUUUCCGACGUUUUCUACACCAACUCGCGCUAUGCAAAGGUCGGCGGUCUUCCACUAGUGGAAUUAAAUCAUUUAGAGUUGCAAUUCCUCCUGCUCAACGACUUCCGAUUAUCCAUCACGGUUGAAGAACUUGACGCAUACGGGACGAUGCUCGUCGAAUUCUACGCGCGCGAAGUUGUUGCCCAGCAGCAGCAACAAGCAGCAUUGGCAGCAGCGAGCAUAAGCCAGCCAAUAUCAAUGGAACACGCGAGUCGCGAUCAGCGCCAUUACCACGGCCACCAUCGCGAAGGAUCUGAAUAUGGACCGAUGCGCACUCCUCCUUGA